AUGAGUAGUGGGGAGAUGAUUCCAGGUGGUUGUCCUGUCAAGUCAGAACCAACACUUUCAUUCACUCAGGGACUCAUCGUUGGCCAAUUAUCCGUGGUUUUGAUUUUGGCUGCGUUUAUAAAAUUCUUUAUUUUUGGCGAUCCGCCUUCCUCUGAUGUCAUAGCUUCCAACCGAGCAACAGAACGGAGGUCAAGGACCGUCGCGCACAAACAGUCUCUUUUGAGGUUGCGUGGUCCAUAUCAACGUCAGAGCAAUAACUUGAAGCGCAAAAAAUCGAGCGUGCUCCGGAACCCACCCGCGCUUACGAUUGGAUCUAUACUGAAUAAGACGUACUACAACGUCGACAGUCACCAGCCAGAAAGUCUUGAUUGGUUCAAUGUCCUCAUCGCCCAGACCAUAGCCCAGUUUCGCAGCGACGCACAGUAUGACGAUGCUAUUCUCAGCUCUCUGACGAAGGCACUGAACGGAAAUUCGCGGCCCGACUUUGUUGAUGACAUUCGUGUCACGGAGUUGAGCCUUGGAGAAGACUUCCCAAUCUUUAGCAAUUGCCGUAUCAUCCCCGUCGACAAGGACGGCUUAACUCUCGGAAACGGUAUCAAAUUCGAUGCUGCAGCAGCCGCACGGGACGGUACACGACUACAGGCUCGCAUGGACGUUGACUUGAGCGACAUGCUGACUCUUGCGCUGGAGACGAAGUUACUCUUAAACUACCCCAAAAAGCUAUCUGCUGUGCUUCCAGUUGCGUUGGCAGUGUCAGUUGUCCGAUUCAGCGGAACCUUGUCAAUCUCUUUUAUUCCGAGCAAUCCGUCCCAGUCGACGCCCACAAUGAUGACUUUUAGCUUUCUCGACGAUUAUCGAUUGGAUUUUUCCAUUCGCAGUCUACUUGGAAGUAGGUCGCGCCUGCAAGAUGUUCCUAAAAUCGCACAGUUGGUAGAGUCUCGACUGCACAGAUGGUUCGAUGAGCGUGCCGUCGAGCCUCGUUUCCAGGAAAUAGCCCUUCCUAGCCUGUGGCCGAGGAAGAAGAAUACCAGGGGCCCGGAGGACUCCAUUGCCGAUGGUGGGCUAUCCGUUGGGCGUUCAAAGGGGCAAGAUGUCAAUCGGGAGGCUUGGGAUGACCCGACCAGCAGGAAGCUAAAUCCGUCCAUCAAAGACGGCAUGUUCGAUAAAAGUCAUAUGAGACAACGGCGCCAUGUCAAGGAUGAGAGCAACCUUGCAUUUUCCGGUCCCAUGACAGGUGUCGCACCUACUUAG